GGAAUGAACCAGCGUGGAGCUCUGAAAUUGCGCGGAUUGGAAGAAAGCUCGGGGUAGGCUCGGACCCUUCCAAAUGCAGCCUUUUUAAAGGCUACAGGACGGAAGCAUCGAGCCUUAGGUUCCAGAAGGUUCACCUGGCCAGACAGCGAGCAGAGGGCGAGUCCCGGAGCCCUGCACGGAGCGCACGGAGCCGGGCGGAGAGCCGAGCCCCAGGCGCCGCAUCUGCAGGAUGCUGGUCGAUAUUGCCACCAAUCCCCACGCCCAGCGGCCCCGGGUUCUCGGAACAGUCCUGCAAGUUCACGGGUGGGGACCAGGAGCCGAGUGAGACGAUAGCCCUGCAGGCUGCGUGCGAAAUCCUAGAAAAUGUAUGCAAGCCAUGAGGAUAUCGGGUAUGACCUGGAAGAUGACCCCAAGGCUAAGAAGACCCUGAAGCCCCACCCAGACAUCGACGGCGGGUGGGCCUGGAUGAUGGUCCUUUCUUCCUUCUUUGUGCACAUCCUCAUCAUGGGCUCCCAGAUGGCCUUGGGAGUCCUCAACGUGGAGUGGCUUGAGGAAUUUCACCAGAGCCGGGGCCUGACCGCCUGGGUCAGCUCCCUGAGCAUGGGCAUCACCUUGAUCGUGGGACCUUUCAUCGGCUUGUUCAUUAACACCUGCGGGUGCCGCCAGACAGCGAUCAUUGGAGGGCUGGUGAACUCCCUCGGCUGGGUGUUGAGCGCCUACGCGGCCAACGUGCAAACUCUCUUUGUUACCUUUGGAGUGGCAGCCGGCCUCGGUAGCGGGAUGGCCUACCUGCCUGCGGUGGUUAUGGUGGGAAGGUACUUUCAGAAGAGGCGAGCCCUGGCCCAGGGCCUCAGUACCACAGGGACAGGAUUUGGGACAUUCUUGAUGACCGUUUUGCUGAAAUACCUGUGUGCAGAGUAUGGCUGGAGGAACGCCAUGUUCAUCCAAGGCGCCGUGUCCUUGAACCUCUGUGUCUGUGGAGCGCUCAUGAGGCCCCUCUCUCCUGGGAAGGGAGAAAACUGCCCGAGAGGGGAGGAGCCCUGUGCUCUCCCAGCUUACUCCGCUGAAUCUAUGAAAUCAGGACCACUGAGUGUCACUGAAGAACAGGACAGACAGCCUGGGAAUGAGGAAACUGUCUGUGACCUUCAAGCACAGGAAUGUCAAGGUCAAGCCCGGCCCCGGAAGAACGUGUGUGCUUUCCGGGUUCUGAAGACAGUGAGCCAGCUCACAGUGCGAGUCCAGAAGGGCUUUGGGGACUGGUACUCGGGCUAUUUCGGAACAGCCUCACUCUUCACCAACCGCAUGUUUGUAGCCUUUGUUUUCUGGGCUCUGUUCGCAUACAGCAGCUUCGUCAUCCCCUUCAUCCACCUGCCAGAAAUCGUCAGCUUGUACAACCUGUCCGAACAAAACGACGUGUUCCCUCUGACCUCAAUUAUAGCAAUAGUUCAUAUCUUCGGGAAGGUGAUCCUGGGGGCGGUGGCUGACCUCCCCUGCAUCAGCGUCUGGAACGUCUUCCUCAUCGCUAAUUUCACCCUUGUCUUCAGCAUCUUCCUUUUGCCAUUGAUGCAUACCUAUGCGAGCCUGGCUGUCAUUUGUGCCCUGAUUGGGUUUUCCAGUGGGUAUUUCUCCCUCAUGCCUGUGGUGACGGAGGACCUGGUUGGCACUGAGCACUUGGCCAAUGCCUACGGCAUCAUCAUCUGUGCCAACGGCAUCUCAGCUUUACUGGGACCACCAUUUGCAGGGUGGAUCUUCGACAUCACACAAAAAUACGAUUUUUCCUUUUACAUAUGUGGCCUGCUUUACAUGGUAGGAAUACUCUUUCUGCUCAUUCAACCCUGUAUUCAGAUGAUAGAACAAUCCAGAAGAAAGUACACAGACAGUGCACGCGUUUAGUACCAUGCAACAGUUCGCGUGGGUCCUCUCCUCGUGCCUACCUCACCUGGUCGCUAGAGGAAUGCUCUGUGUGGUGGCCGGCGGUGUCACUUUGUAAAUGCCCUUGUCAUUGUCUCAUCUGUAAGCAGCAUGGCCUCUCCUGAGGUGGUAGAAGUGAUUAGAACUGCGUAUGUUUUAGAGAUGAUGGUGCUUAUAGCUUAUUAAAUAGUUGAUACAGAUGCCCUGAUGAAAUCUUUCAAGCCAGGCAUGGUGGUAGUGGUAAAUGUCUGUAAUCCCAGCUCUAGGUGGAGGCAGGAGGAUUGGAGGUUCAAGGUUAGCCUCUCUGCUACCUAGUAAGAUCCAGGCCAGCCUGGGCUACAUGAGAACCUGUCUGAAAAAAAAAAAAGAAAAAGAGAUAGAAAAAAGAAAAGGAAAGGAAAGAAGGAAGAAGAAAGUUCUCACCUUCUCUUUUUCUUCCUCCCUCCCUCUUGGCCUCCCUUCCUUCUUUUCUUCCUCUCCUCUCAUUCCACUGGGACUAGGGUUUUACAUACAAAGACUGGAAAUAAAAGCUUUGCAACUCAACCACUUCUUUGUAAGGUAAAACCCAAGAGUCUAGAUAUCCCCCAAAGGGUUCAGAUAAAUGGGCCUUGAGCAUGAGACCAUGACUGAGUGUCAUGAAUUAUUUCUUUCUUACAAGGAGUUAUUGGUCUGCUAAUAUCAUACAAAGGCAGGCUGUCAUUUCAAAAGUAACAUAAUUCGUGGGCUGGAAAGGUGGCUAGGAGGUUAAGAGCACUUGCUGCUCUUGGAGAGCACCAGAGUUCAGCUGAGAGCACCCAUAUGUUGGCUCACAGCCAGCUGUAGCUCCAGUCCCAGAGGCUCGGGUGCCCUCUUCUGGCCUCUGUGGUCACUGCACACAUGUUGCACACAUACAUGGACUCAGACAAAACACCCAUACACAUAAAAUAUGAAAACAAAUCUUUUAUUAAAAAAAAGUAAGACAAUUUAGUACAGUUUAAAAGAACACAGUUUAUAUUUUUAUGAAAGAAUUCUGUAGUUAAGAAGUGCAGUUUCUAACUCUUCGUUUAGGAAAUGAAAUUAGCCAUCCUUCUAACUCGGUUACUCAUGUCAUAGAAGAUGAGUUCAGUUUAUGAACUCAACACAAAUCCCGCCCAAGUGGUCUGUGAAUAAUGUCCUUAGUGGUAUGUGUGCUUCUCAGUGCACAUGUUAUUGCAUCAAGGGCUACAAUUCAGACUCUUUGAGUCAUACUAUUAUUGUCUUAGAGUGAACACCUUUUUAUUUUUAUUUUUUUUUUUAGAGCUGGGCAGUGGUGGCACACUCCUUUAAUCCCAGCACUCAGGAGUCAGAGGCAGGCAGAUCUCUGUGAGUUUG